AAGACGUCAAACGUUAUGAUUCGAGCAAAAGUUUUAAUUUAUAUUUGUUUGUAUACAGCAGUAACUUAUGUGGACUCAGCAAGAAUUCUCGGUGUAUUCUCUAUGCCAUCUAUAAGUCAUCAAGUUGUAUUCAGAGCGCUGACAUUCGAACUAGCCAAGAGGGGUCAUGAGCUUGUCGUGUUUACACCGAAUCCAGUUUCACCCGCGGAAGGAAUUCCCAAUAAUAUUACUGAAAUCGACACAGGUCAGUCAUACCAGAUAUUGAAGGAGUUAAUGGAAAGAGCUCUGAAUAAAAAAGUUUUGCAACGAGGCGUUAUAAUGAACUUACGAUCGAUGAACGGCGAAGCUCUCUCAAGAGCUAUAUUAAAGAUAGUCUCAUCCCAAUUCGAUUUACCUGAAGUAAGAAAGGUAAUUGAGGACAAAACGCAAAAGUUUGAUCUUGUGAUUGUAGAACCGAUCCUGAGCGUGCCUUUAAUUGUGGGAAAAAUAUUUAACGCUCCUGUUAUAUUGUUGUCCUCAUUUUAUGGGUCAUCAGACAUUUUUGAGAUUAUGGGUGCUUUUUCUUGGCAUCCUAUGUAUUAUCCUAGUUUUUAUAGAACCAAAUACAAGGAUCUUACAUUGUUGGAAAAAAUAGGUGCUGUUUAUUUGGAAUGGAGACUGAUAAAGUCUACUCUAGAAACGGAUGAAAAGCAAAACGAAUUUCUAAAGACAAGAUUUGGACCUAAUGCACCCACUGUCAGGGAGUUAAGGAACAAUGUCCAAAUGUUGUUUUUAAAUGCACAUCCCAUCAUGGGCAACAAUCGUCCGGUUCCACCCAGCGUUGUAUACUUAGGUGGCCUGCAUUUAAAACCACCGAAACCUUUGCCACAGGAUUUACAGACAUACUUGGACGCUUCAAUUCGGGGUGUAAUAUACGUUAGUUUUGGAACAAACGUGCGCCCUUCAAAUAUGGAUCAAGAUUUUCUUGAUGCGUUUUUACAAGCAUUUGAAUCUCUUCCCUACGAUGUUCUUUGGAAAUUUGACGGAGAUAACUUAGAAAGGAUACCAAAGAAUUUAAAGAUUCAGAAAUGGUUUCCUCAGAGGGAUUUGUUACUACACCACAACGUAAAGGCAUUUGUUACACAAGGGGGAUUACAAUCAUCUGACGAAGCCAUAGACGCAGGCGUUCCUCUCAUCGGGAUACCGAUGCUAGCUGACCAAUGGUACAACGUCAACAAGUACGUGGAACUAGGGAUUGGCGUGCAAAUAAACGCGCUUACAAUGACUGCCGACGACUUAACGCAAGCUGUUGAAAAGAUUGUCAGCGACACCAGUUACAGGCAAAACAUCAGACGGGUCCGAGCUAUUAUAAAUGACCAACCGGAGAGUCCGCUGGAACGUGCCUUGUGGUGGACGGAGCACGUACUGAAACAUGGAGGCAAUCACCUCCGGGCACCGUCAGCUAAUACAACGUGGAGCGAACACCUAAUGCUCGAUGUCGUACUACUAGUUCUGAGCAUUAUUCUAGUAACAGGAUUUCUGCUAAUAUACGCGAGUUUUAAAAUUUGGAAUCUGUUAAAAUAUAAAUUAGAGAAAGUGAAAUUACACUGAUGUCAAUAUUUUUACGAAGUUAAGAGACUAUGCAUGCAGGGCUUUUAUUUUAAUUUAAUAAACGAUUCAAACUAUGA